AUGGUGACUGCUAAAUGGGUUGCUGAGAGAUACAAGGACAGAAUUAGGGCCAAUAUGAACAUUCCAGUCCAUUCUUUGAGGCAAACAGUGUAUGAGGAGUACAAGAUACAAAUAUCAAAAAUAAUAGCUAGAAAUGCUAGAGGUAUAGCUGUUGACAAAAUCAAAGGUUGUGCACCUAUUGCUUGGACCAUAGUGGAGAAGGAAGCUAUAGUCCAGUGGAAAUGGUUCGUACAACUUCUCCAAGUAGAUCUGGAAAUAGAUAAACAGUAUCACUACACUUUCAUCUCUGAUCAACAAAAGAGAUUGGACAGAGCAUUAUCCGAGGUGCUACCCAACUCUGAGUAUAGAUACUGUGUGCAGCACAUGUAUCGAAAUUUCAAGAAGAAACAUCCUGGAAAGGCACUUAAAGGGAUGUUAUGGUCAACAGUUAGGAGCAGCACAAUUGAGAUAUAUAAGAAAGCUGAUGAGGACUUGAAAGAGUAUGAUAGUGAAGCAUACAAGUGGAUGGAGAAGGCUCCUCAUCCGAUGCAUUGGUGUAAGGCUUACCUUUCUCCUCACACUAAAUGUGACAUGAUUGUCAAUAAUCUAUGCGAGUCUUUCAAUUCACGUAUACUAGAGGCCAGGAAUAAACCAAUUAUAUCUUUAUUGCAGAAGGCUAGAGAACUGAUGAUGGAAAGAAUUCAAAAAAGAAAGGUUGCCAUGACAAGAUAUCCACACUCAACUGGUCCUUUGAUUAGAAAAAUUAUUGAUGACAGAAUUGAAGAGUCUUUCCAAUGGUUCCCACAAUUCAAUGGGAUUGAUGGUUCUCAGGUAAAGUGCCCAAGGAAUUCCCAGUUUGCUGUGAAUUUGAAAAAGAAGAGUUGCACUUGUCGAAUUUGGGAAUUAUCUAGUUUACCUUGUACCCAUGCCAUUGCAGCAAUUAAGCAAACUGAGAAUGAUCCACAUGAAAUGAUUGCGGAAUGUCACUACAAAAGGUUAUUUUUACAGGUUUAUAAUAAUGUCUUGCAACCCAUCAAUAGCCAACUACUGUGGCCUGAGUCCAGCACUCUUCAACUCGAUCUUCCAAUUUCCACUUUCCAACUUGGGAGGCCAAAAAAGCCAAUACCAGUAGUUCAGCAACCAAAUCCAGCAGCUACAAGUUCUAGAUAUGGCAUGAAAUUCAACAGAAAUGGUAAACAGCCCUUGACUAAUGCUGACAAAAGGAUGAUUAACGCUAAUUAUGCCUAUUUGGGAAAGGAACCACCCUUCAAGGUUGGCAGGUGGAAGGGUAGAAGAGGUGCAAAUGCUGGUAGAUCUAGAUCUACAAGAGGCAGAGAUGCAGCUGCAAGUUAG